AUGUACUGUGCUAAAGCAGGAUAUCACACUCAAGUAGAUGUAGUUGAUGACGAAUUCCAAGUAGACCCCUGCAUGCUGCCGCACCAUUGCAUCCCCAAGAAGUACAAGGCGAAUUAUGUGCAACGCUUCAUGUACGAAAACCUCCAGAAAAUCCGAAGCGACCCUCAUUUCGAAGAUGCAGUGGUUAGAAAAAUCUGGCAAGACAUGCUCGACGCUCUUCCCCUACUGCAAUACUACAGUAGAGAAGAAAUAGAAGAGUUCAUGGAUGAAUUCAUGACAUCGGCUACACGAAGAGAAGAAGAACGAUAG